GUGGCACACAAUUGUGUGGAUAUUAGCUUCUUUACCAGAGGUUAUAGUCUCUAGUAGACUACUUUCUAGCUGUGUCCCAAGGCCAGAUCCUUUUCGGAAGGUCGUUUAGCACUUCUGUGCUUCCUAUUGUGCUAAGAGGACUUUGUCCUAAGGCGUAGCCUUUCAGCUUCGUAGUUUACCUGAACUUUUCGCAAUGGCCCUGCAAAUGACCCUGAAGCAGCAGCGCGCUUGCGCCCGCGCCAGCGCUCGGCAGCCCUUCCGCGCUGCGGCUCCCGCUGGCCGUCCUCGCCGGUGCGCCGUCCGCGUGCAGGCCACCGCUGCGCCCAACGACCUGAACGCUGGUCUGGGCUUUGAGACCAUGCGCGAUGGUAUUAAGAAGGCCGCUAAGGAGUCCAUCCUGACUCCCCGCUUCUACACCACCGACUUCGAGGAGAUGGAGCAGAUCUUCAGCCAGGAGAUUAACCCUAACCUGGACAUGGAGGAGCUGAACGCCUGCCUCACGGAGUUCCGCAACGACUACAACAAGAUCCACUUCGUCCGCAACGAGACCUUCAAGGAUGCCGCCGAUAAGAUCACCGGCGACACCCGCAAGAUUUUCAUUGAGUUCCUGGAGCGCUCCUGCACGGCCGAGUUCUCCGGCUUCCUGCUGUACAAGGAGCUGGCCCGCCGCAUGAAGGCCACUAGCCCCGCUGUCGCUGAGAUGUUCCUGCUGAUGAGCCGCGACGAGGCCCGCCACGCCGGCUUCAUCAACAAGGCCCUCUCCGACUUCAACCUGGCUCUGGACCUGGGCUUCCUCACCAAGAACCGCACCUACACCUACUUCAAGCCUAAGUUCAUCAUCUACGCCACCUUCCUGUCCGAGAAGAUCGGCUACUGGCGCUACAUCACCAUCUACCGCCACCUGCAGCGCAACCCCGACAACCAGCUCUACCCGCUGUUCGAGUACUUUGAGAACUGGUGCCAGGACGAGAACCGCCACGGCGACUUCCUGGCUGCCUGCCUGAAGGCCAAGCCCGAGCUGCUGAACACCUGGGAGGCCAAGCUCUGGAGCAAGUUCUUCUGCCUGUCUGUGUACGUGACCAUGUACCUGAACGACCACCAGCGCACCGCCUUCUACGAGGCGCUGGGCCUGAAGACCCGCCAGUUCGACCAGCACGUCAUCAUUGAGACCAACCGCGCCACCGAGCGCCUGUUCCCCGUGGUGCCCGACGUGGAGGACCCCGCCUUCUUCCCGCUGCUGAACGACAUGGUGGAGGUCAACGACAAGCUGUGCGCCCUGGACACCCAGAACAUGCCCGACUUUGUGCGCGCGCUGGCCAAGCUGCCCCUGCAGGAGCGCUUGGCCUCCAUGCUCAUCCGCCUGAUGUUCUGCAAGGAGAAGGAGUGCGGCAGCGUGGACGUGGCCGGGUCGGCUGCCUCGCAGAUGGCCGCUUUCUAAGCGCCAUGCCUCUUUUCCCUCCGGGUCAACUUGUUCCCUGUCUCGGACUGUACGUCCUGACGGGAAUAAUAUAGCUGGGUUUCCCAAGCCGGCUUUUUGUACGAGAUAGAGCAGAGCAGAGCAACAUCUGGCGUUGUGUUGCGUGGGAUUCCUGUGAGUGGAUUAAUAGUCAAAUUUAGCUCAGCGCGCGGCUUCUGGGUGCUAGACGUGUAGCUGGUGAUUGGCAGGAUUGGCCGGGGGCGCGGGCCACGUGCAUGGCCUGGGACCGCGUUGCAGAGACGACAUUGCUUUAUGCCAUUCGAGAUCGUCUUUGAAUGGGUUGUAAGUCAAGAAUGACCGUGACGCUAAUGUGGGUUUAUAGCAUAUUCGUGUUGACAAUUUCGCACUGCAUUAUUGCUCCUGAAACAGUAGCUGUCGUGCCCGAUGUGGCAUGGCCGUAACGGCUUCUUUUUGACCAAUUGCUAUCUGUUCCUAUCUGCCUGAAGCGAGAGGUUGUGGCAGCACCCAGCCUCAGUGGAUGGCACGUAUUGUUUAUGGGCAUGUCCGCCAUGUAUUUUCUGCACGCAGAGCUCCAAACCCUGAGGGGUAUUAUCAAUGGAGAUGCGGACAACUUUCGAGCAGAUCUACCCUUGUAACUACAAAUGUGAGGAUGCC